UCGCAACAAGAUACUGAUUUUCUUUGUUUUAACAAAAGGUGGAAACUAAAUCUGAAAAUAAUAAAAAAAGGUUGUGAAGAAAAAUAUAAAUGUUUUAUUUUAGCAUCAAGUAAAUAAGUUUAUAAGAAUUUGAGUUGAAAAUGGCUGCUUUGUCUUCUUCUCAAGUUCUAGAAAAUAUACACGAACAACUUGUGUGCGCAAUUUGUUUGGAAAGAUUUGAUGACCCCAAAUUAUUAAACUGUCUGCAUUCGUUCUGCUGUCAAUGUUUACAUAAAAUAAUAAACCAAAAACCAUCAGAUGUUAUUGAAUGUCCAACGUGCAGAGAAGUAACAAAAAUACCAAUAAAUGGUUUAAAAGAACUAAAAACUAACUUUUUCAUAAACAGUUUAUUAGAUCUAGUCCAUCAUAAAAUUGAAGAGUUAAAAAACGAAAAAAAAAAAGGCGAACAAUGUGAACAAUGUCAAGAACACGAUAAUGCUACUUCAAGGUGUAUUGAAUGUGAUUUGGUUUUAUGUGGAGGAUGUAUUGCAGAUCACCGAAGAAAUCGUUCUACACUUGAUCAUAGAAUCGUGGUAAUGGAAGACGAUGAAGAUGUGAAUAAACAAUCUUUAGAUAAAUAUACGCUUACCUUUUGCCGCUAUCACACGCGUAAUGUAAUCAAGUAUUUCUGCAAUACGUGCGAUGAGGCUGUUUGUCGUGUAUGCACUAUACUAGAGCAUCGCGAACAUCAAUUUGUUUAUCCAAAAGAUGCCAUUCCUCAACAAAAACCUAUUAUUGAAGAGUUAUUAGAAAAAACAAAAGAAAAUAUUCCAUUGUUAAAAGCCACAAUCAAAGAUAUACAUUCAAUGUCCAACACACUUCGAGAAUGCCGCGAGUCUUUACUGCUUGAAAUAAACGCAAAGACUCAAGCACGUAUUGAAGCUUUAUUGUUAGCAAAAGCAAAGUUGCUCGAAGAACUGGAUCGAAUACAUCGAGGUAAACAGAAAACUCUCAGCCUGCAAUCAGAUGCAGUUGAGUUAGAACUUGGUAAAAUAAGUGGGUGUUGUGCUUUUGCUGAAAAUGUUUUGAAGUUUGGAAAUGAAGUUGAAGUGCUUCAAAUAAAAUCUCGUUUACAACAGUUAAACAGCAUCACAAUUAAACUGGAUCCCGAAGAAGACGAUUCUAUUCAAUACGUUAGUGAGAGCGAAUCUAUUGAGGCAGUAAUGGAAUCACUUGGAAAAAUAUGCUCUAGCCAAACGUUUGCUUCGCUGUCUUAUGCCGAAGGGGAAGGACUAGAAACACCAAGAGUUGGAAUUGAAUCUAACAUAAUUGUUCAUGCUCAAAAUAGGCAUGGCAAAAAAAAGUCAGGAAGUGACCGUGUUGAAGCUGUUAUGGUAUUACCCGAUGAAACUAAACGAACUUUGAAUGCCUUGGACAACGAUGAUGGAACUUAUACUAUUCGCUUUACACCUGACAUCAAUGGUAGACAUUUGCUUCAUAUUACAAUUAAAACAAAACCAAUCAAUGGCAGUCCCUUUGAAAUAUUUGUUAUUAACAGGCGAGAGUAUAGUGAAGUUGGCCCAAGUUUAUUAAAAUUUGGUCAAUAUGGCUCCAAGCGUAGAGAGUUUAAAUCACCUUUUGGUGUUGCUAGUGAUAACGAAGGAUUUAUAUAUGUAGCCGAUAGUUAUAACCAUAGAAUCCAAACUUUUGGUCCUCGCGGAGAGUUUGUACACAUGUUUGGUUCACAUGGAGAUAGAAAAGGUGAGUUUAAUUGUCCAACUGAUGUAGCAGUAUCACCAAACAGCAAGUUAGUAGUUUGCGACAAUGGUAACAACCGUGUUCAAGUUUUUGGUAGAAAUGGAAAUUUUAUUGCAAAGUUUGGUCGUGAAGGCAUUAAAAACGGAAACUUUAAAUCCCCUUGGGGAGUCACAGUUUCACCGGUAUCGAGAGAAAUAAUAGUUGCAGAUACUGACAACCAUCGAAUACAGAUAUUUUCAUCAGACGGAAAAUUUAUAAUGAAAUUUGGUUGUAAUGGUGACCGACCAGGGCAAUUUAAUUCUCCGUGCUACGUUGCAGCAAACGCUGAAAAUGAACACAUUUUAGUUUCCGAUUCUAAAAACCAUCGUAUACAGAUAUUUGAUAGACGUGGUAAAUUUAUUCAGUUAUUUGGAACUCAAGGUCAAGAAGAUGGACAAUUCAAUCAUCCCCGAGGACUUUCAAUGGACAUAGCAAACAAUAUAAUUGUGUCUGAUAUGGGUAACCAUAGAUUACAAAUACUUACAUACGCAGGAAAAAUGGUAAAGUGUGUUGGAACAGAAGGAAACGGAGAUGGCCAGCUCUCUUUCCCCGAAAGCGUUGCAGUAACACCAAACGGAUUUAUAAUAGUAUCAGAUUUAAGUAACAAUCGUAUUCAGGUCUUUUAACUUUAUUUUAGAAACAAUUUUUUUACUUAAAAAAUAAAAAUUUUUACGCACCUA